AUGGCGCGAACCCAGGACGAAGGGUUCGAGUCGACCCUGGAGGACGACCUCAUCGAAAUUCACGCCGAUCUUACAAAUCGAAACCAGAAUGGCCUCCAGGAUCUACUUAAUCCUCAACGGUCCUUCCAACCAAUUUCUCCGGUGCACCCUGAAAGGUUGCGACCUGGGCGGAGGAAUUAUCGUCGUCCGCCGCCAACACUGCCAAUGGCGCAGCGGUCACAGCCGCAAAGACCGCAAAGCAUUGUUGUUAUUGACUUGACAGAGGAGCCAGAUUCACCAGUUCGACAGAGACACUCGCAACCGCCGAGCCGAAUAGGACGAAAUCUGCGGCGGAAAAAUUCGCAACGAAUAGCAACACCAUCAUUGUCGAGAAGCGAUUCUACGUUUGUGGGACCAGAAGCCAGCGUUAUUGAUUUAACGACAGACUUGUCAAGAUCAAGUCGCUCAUUCAAACCAAGCGCACCGAUUACCUCUGGCCACAGUUUCUAUUCCAGUAUUGCUGGAUACGUUCAGCGGAUGGCCGAUCUCCUGGACACCAACUUCAUGAGGCGAAGCUCUGAUGUCGCCGCCAUUGGGUUUCCUCUCAAUUUCACCCCUAGGGAACCAAGUCCGGAGCCCCCUAUGGAGCCGACUCCUCCCUCACGUGAUGGCUUCACUCGAGAUACGUCUUCUACCGAAGAGAGGAUAGUGGUAUGUCCUGCUUGCAACGAUGAGCUUGCGUACGAUCCCACGGCAGCCGCACCGUUGCCAAAUGCAACUUCCGCAAAUGGCAGGAAAAGGAAACGCGCGCCAGGUGAACAUCAUUUCUGGGCACUCAAGAAAUGUGGGCAUGUAUAUUGCGCGGAUUGCUUCGAGAAUCGGAGACCAACGGAAUCAUCACCACAUGGAGUUGGCUUCCGACCGCCACCCGGCAAAACACGUAAUAUUCCACCAAAAGACAUUCGAUGCGCCGUGGUGAACUGUGAAACAAAGGCCGCUCUCAAAACCGAAUGGGUGGGCAUUUAUCUGUGA